CUCAGGCUGGCCUCCUGCGGGAAGCCGCGGCCCGGCGGGCGGCUGCGCGCGCAGCCUGGCUCAGGCUCCUCCCCGCCUCUCGGCUCCAGAGCCCGCGAGUGGCCCGCUGCUUCUCCGCCCUCCGAGAUGGCGCUGGACCCCGCAGAGCAGCAUCUCAGACAUGUGGAAAAAGAUGUUCUGAUCCCAAAAAUAAUGAGAGAAAAGGCCAGAGAGAGGUGUUCUGAACAAGUUGAAGUGAUUAGAAAGCAGCACAUGGCUCAAGGGAAGAGGAAACCUUGGAAUCCUGUGAGGUCACUGUGUCUCUUCCCUGCCCGUCUCUCCCAAGUCCCCCUCUCGGAUCCUUUUCUACAAAAUUUUACCAGAUGUUGCAAGGACUCUGGAAUCCUUAUGGUAGUAAAAUGCUGGAAAGAAAAUUCUGCAUUGAAAGACUGCCUAACUGCUUACUAUAAUGAUCCAGCCUUCUAUGAAGAAUGCAAACUGGAAUAUCUCAAGGAAAGGGAAGAAUUCAGAAAAACAGGAGUUCCUACUAAGAAGAGGCUGCAGAGGCUUCCUACAAGCAUGUAGGUCAAUGAGUCCAGGAAGUCACAUCUUAAUGGAAGCCACUUGUUAAUAUAAGCCAAAAAUGAUGGACCGAAACAAUGUUUGCUCACCCUAAUCAUGAAAAUACUUCUUUUUAUGAAAUAAAAAUCUUUAUUUCAGA